CAGAGAGGGAUUAUCAUGGUAUCUGGUGGAAUAAAUGAAAUCCUAAGAGCUGUUGAACUUAUUCUGUCUAAGUUGCUCAGUGAGCUUCAAAGUGAGGAUGAAAAUGAUGCUGAGCCAAAAACAAAAGUGAGACUCAUCGUUCCAAAUGGUUCUUGUGGUGGUAUAAUUGGCAAGGGAGGUGCUACCAUUAGGUCAUUCAUUGAAGAAGCUCAGGCUGGAAUUAAGAUAUCUCCUCAGGAUAAUAAUUAUUACGGACUGAAUGAUAGGCUAGUGACACUGACAGGAACUCUUGAUGAUAACAAAUGCUUCAAUACGUGAUGUACAGUUAGAUUCUGCUCAUGUUCAGUUUUAUAAUUCUAGUGAUGCUCAGACUUUACUUGAAAAGGAAGAAGAAAAUACUAAUUCUAAUAUCCUUCCUACAAGUGUUGAUAGAACUGAAGUAUCGCCAUCACAAGGUGAGUAUGAAGAUCUUGAAAGGGUGCUAUCUCGAGAUCUUUCAGGCCUAGAUUUGUCUGACCAAAACAAUGAAGUUACUGAUGAAAAUGGUUUUACUUUUAACCCAAGCCAAUUGACUGGGAAAAACUAUGCCCCUUGCUCGACUUAUGUUCAUGGUUUUUGAUUGUAUUGGCUGAUAUUGAUCUAUACAAAGUUAUUCUUUUUCUUUCA